AGCUCCCCAGUCCCCAAGAUUCAAUUUUCUCCUUUUACUUCAUACGGAUGACAUAUUGACAUUUCAUUCCUUUCCGUCCUCCUGGUCUCCUUUCUUUUGGUUUCAGGGACUUCCCCGCUAUGCCAAAAAAGUUCAGAACUUGAUCAACACGGCUGCCAGGUGAAUUAGUAUUUCCAGCUGGAGAAGCUAAAAUCGGAGCAAAGAAGUUUUGGGUGUAAACAAAGAAGUGAACUGCAAUGAGUGCCUCGAGGUUCAUAAAGUGUGUCACCGUGGGUGACGGAGCCGUCGGCAAGACUUGCAUGCUUAUUUCCUACACCAGCAAUACUUUCCCUACGGAUUAUGUACCAACUGUCUUCGACAAUUUCAGUGCAAAUGUGGUUGUGGAUGGAAGCACUGUGAAUCUGGGGUUGUGGGAUACAGCUGGCCAAGAAGAUUACAAUAGAUUAAGACCUUUAAGCUAUCGUGGAGCAGAUGUAUUUCUGCUAGCAUUCUCUCUCAUAAGCAAGGCAAGCUAUGAAAACGUUGCCAAGAAAUGGGUUCCUGAGCUGAGGCACUAUGCACCUGGCGUCCCAAUUAUUCUAGUUGGGACAAAACUUGAUCUUCGGGAUGAUAAGCAGUUCCUUCUAGACCACCCUGGUGCAGUGCCCAUCACCACGGCUCAGGGGGAGGAACUAAGAAAACUUAUUGGCGCUCCUGUUUAUGUUGAGUGUAGUUCAAAAACUCAGAUGAAUGUGAAAGCAGUUUUUGAUGCAGCCAUCAAAGUUGUUCUCCAGCCCCCGAAGCAGAAGAAAAAGAAAAGAAAGGGGCAAAAGGCCUGUUCUAUUUUGUGAGAUCUUCCCUUGUUUUUACAUGCUAGUUCUUGGAGGAUGACAUGACCCUAGCCAUUUACCAGUAGUCUUCACUCUUCACUAUACUAUAUCUUAUAUUCUGUUUCCAUCCUAUGGGAAGCAGUUGCUCCAUGGCUCCAACACUGACUGUAUUUGUGACUCAUGAGCAUCCAAGUUAGUUGUUUGUGUGUGUAUCUGUAUAGGCAUGAUUUCGUGACGUUUGGAACCCUUCACGUGCAAGCUUGCUGCUUUCCUGACGUUUUCUAUUAAGGCUAUUUCGUUUGUGGGCAUGACUUUAUUCAUGUUGUAAUCUAAUAUACUAUAACGUUCCUUUGGAUGUGAACUAUAUAAUAUGUAAUUAUGGUUAUGAGCUGUUUAGCAGAGUGACUGCAGUUCAUUCUCUUCAGUGUUAAUUCUGUAAAAUAUAUCUGCAGUGGUCUAACCAAAAGCUUAGCUUGAAUUAUCUAAUAUAAAAAA